UCUAUUUCAAUUUAAAAUAUGACCGGUUUGACCAUUUUGGCCGCUUAAUGGAAAGCGCCCUUUUCGGCCUGCGAAGAAGGUAGGGAAAGUGCCCUAACUAUGCAUGCCCCCUCCUCCCCACGUUCCAGCGCUCCAGUUUAUUCAAAGUUCAAGCAACUGAUGACGUUGAAAAGUGACUUCGUGGCUAAGUUAAAAUGGCGGACCAGGUGAAGAUCGAAGAAUUGGCUGAACAAAUUGAAAAUAAAGUUGAACUAGAAGAACCUCAAGAACCCAGCCCUGGAGAAGCUGAAGAAAUACCUCCGCAAAAGGAAACACUCAGUGUGAUUCAUGAAAUUAUCGCAUCACUUCUUAACGUAAAAAGCCAAAGAGAUGAUCUUCAGCCAGCAACAGUAGAUGACUGUGAGAAAGAGUUGCAGGAAGUUUUGCAAGAAAUUAGCUCCCAAAUAACUGAAAAGGGUGUACAAAACAGAUAUUACUGUCACCCUACAAGAAAUACCCAUGUCUCCAUCUUGGCAAGAACCUUUACCUCGUAUCUUUCCCUUCUUGAACAAACUCGUUUGGAUCAACUUUAUGCACAUCUAGUGGAAGAAGUCACUGAAUGGAUCUCAAAACUUUUUAAUUUUGAUAACAGCCUUGCUUACUUCCAUCAUCACUGCUGGACUGGAAUUGUUAAAGUUUGUAGACUUGCAUUACGUAUGAAAUAUCCAAAAUAUGCAACAGACGGUUUUACAGCUCUAUACACAAGACCUCCUGUGAUCUACAUAAGUGCUGCUUCUCAUCCAUCAUUUGGUGCAUAUCUACGAAUGGAGCUUGGCCUUCCUCAGUCUAGUAUUUGUGAAGUUCCAUGUAACACCAUGUUUGGAUCAUUGCAUUCCAUGGAUAUUGCUGCAUUCGAACGUUUACUGAGUGAUGAUAUAUCAUGCGGAAAAACUCCGUUACUGGUUGUCGCAAAUGCAGGGACUCCACUUGUGGGCCACACAGACAAUCUACAGAGGUUACGUGAACUUUCCACUCAGAAUGGUCUAUGGUUGCAUGUCAUUGGUGACACAUUGGCUACAUUAUCGUUAGCAUCUGUGCCAUCAUCAAUGACAGCUGCAAUAAGUAGUGAUAGCAUGACGCUCAUGUUGCAUCGUUGGUUUGCAAUGCCUACAGCUCACUGUUGUACAUUAUAUAGAAUAAAGGAUCCUGUUCAGGCAGCACAAUCUGGAUUGGGUUGCACAGAACAAGAUGUUGAAAUGCUAAUCCUCCCGUUAUGGAUAUGCAUGAAGAAGAUUGGAAUAGAUGAGCUGAGAAAUUCUGUUGUUAAGGCUGGUGAAUUGGCGCAACACAUGUGUCAUCUCCUUGACCUAUUGCCAAAUAUAAAGAGAAUUGAGCAAAGUCGUUGUAUUUCCCCGGUUGUCGUCUUCCGUUAUUCCGGUGAAAGUUCUGAAUCAGAGAGUUCUGAAGGGAGCAACAGCAGCGAAGAGGGUGAUGACGAAUCAUCAGGUGAAAAAAACGUUUCAACAAAGCGAAAACCAGAACAAGAAAAAGCAUCAAACGCUCUCAUUGAUUCUUUCAACAAAAUGUUAGUUUCAUCGCUGGCUAAAGAUGCUGUUCACGUCAGUAUUGAUCUUAUCCGUGUUCCGAGUGUUGGUUGGUGUCUACGCUUUAAUCCUCUUGUCUUUGCCGCCACCUCAGCCACAACAAACGAGUCUGUUGAUCACUUUAUAAAAUGUCUUGAAACAAAAAUUAGUGCAUUUGAUGCUACGCUCGCGGACAGAGUUGGUUUAUUCAAUGCUGUGGCAGACAAACCACACGCCGUACUCGUCGAUAUCCCUGAUUUCCCCGGAGUCGGUGCGGUACAGUUCAUCCCGCAAUACUGGAAGAGUAAAGAUUUAAAGGAUUUACCUGCUGUCAAACAACAGGAGUUAGACGAACUAAACACAGACGUUUUAGCAAAGCUUUCUGACAAAGAUCUUUUCUCACAAGGAGAGACAGCUGAUGGUCGUGUUUGUAUAAAGAUUGGACUGGUCAACAGAACUGUUAAUGUGCAAGAGAUUGUCGAGCUUUUAGAAAAGAGUGUGAAGGAAGUUCAGGAGUCCGCUAAGUUUAUGGAAAAGAUGGCAGAUGUUAUACGAAAAGGAAUCGAAGCAGCUGAACACGAUUUAGUCCAAGACUCCAACGAUAUCCUCAUGGAAGAAGGUCUGUUACGUCAAGUUCCGCUUGUAUCGUCUCUCUAUAACUGGUUUUCACCAUUACAACAUGAAAAGAAAAUAAAAGGUCGAACGUUUGAUCUUUCAUCAGGAUCGUUACAAACGACAGAAAAAACGUACAAAUAUCACAUGCAAGUCCAAGAAGGGGAAGAAGCGACUGGUUAAAUUAUAAAAUGAUGAACAAUCAAAUUAGACUGAAGUGUUAAUGACAGUGACUGUAGACUGGCUAUUUCAAUGUUGCUCUCCAAGGGAACUCGUUUGUCGUUGCCCUCCAAGGGAAUCUGUUUAGGUUAAAUGGCCGAUAAGUGAAAGUAUCGAUCAAAUUUAUACAGUCACCACACACGCAAGCAAUACUAUCUUGAGUGGGACAUUUACUCAUGCUUGCAAAAGAAUAUUUAUGGCAUGGAAUUUCAAUGUGUGGAAAG